AUGGAGGAGCAGAUUUUUCUUUUGAAUCCAGCGACUAAAGAGUUUAAGAAAAUAUAUGUCCCACGAAAACUAAGUGAAAGUUCAUUCUUGUUUGCGUAUGAUUGCAAGAUUGAUGAUUACAAGUUGGUUAGAGUUGAGAGAUUUGAUCCAUCGUGUAGACCUGUUAAGUUGAGUUUUGAGGUUGAGGUCUAUACAGUGGGAACGGGUUCGUGGCGAAAGAUUGGAAAUGUAUCUUACAUGUUUGCAAAACACGAACUUGGGGUGCUUGUUAAUGGUGCACUUCAUUGGUUUGUGGAGGUACCACUGCCUAAAGAGCGUUUGACAUACCUAGAAGAACCUCUGGAAGAUGAUCAGUAUGGGAAACAUGUGGCGGAGCUGGGAGGGUGUCUUUGUUUAGUUUUUAAUGUUUUUGGUGUUCGUGUUGAUGUGUGGGUAAUGCAAGAGUAUGCAGUGAGGGAUUCCUGGACUAAAAGCUUCACAAUUACUGAAGAGACCAUUACCGAAGCAUUCAGUUUGAGGCUCAAAUGGAGUUUUGAGAACAAUAAGAUUUUAUUGCAGGGCUUUGACAAGUUAAUCUUAUGUGAUCCAAAGAGCGAAAGAUAUUGGAAACUUGCGAUUACUGACGGAAGAUCCAGUUUCGGCAGUGGAGGUGUUGGGAGUUUUGUCAUCGGACCACAUAUUGCCAAGGUCUUUCUUUUACGGAUUUGA